AUGAAGUCUGAGGCGGAGCUAAGCGACAAGGAGUGGCGACAAAUGCGGCGACAAAUGUCGAAGCUCGACUUCGAGCCGGUACCCGAGACCCCAGCCUUGCUUUCAAGAUCUCUCUUUGGCGAGAGCGGCCAGGAGCUAGCGUCGAUCUACGAGGAAAAACCUGAGAUGAUCCGCGAAAGCGCUCCGGCUUGUCACUGUCAAAGCUCGCCCAAGAACCGCAGCAGCACAAUCUCAACGAGUGGCAGUAGUUUUAAUGAAAUGAAGCAAACGCUAUCCGAGAUGACUGUGAAUGAACACAGUGCUGAAUUGCCUUCAACCUCAGUGGCAGUAUCUCCUAAGAUUACGAAGCGUUAUCAUCCGCAAGAACAGAAGCGACCACCUGAAAGCACGUUCGAGCUUGAUGACUCUGAACUUGCAGCGCUGGAUGCACAGAUGGCAGCAGCUCAAGACGCCACUCGUCGAUUGGUUAUGAUCACGGUCGAGGAAUUGAAAGUGAAAGUGGCAAAAGCUGAGGAACAGCGAGAUCAGAGCAACAAGCUGCUGGAUCGCUUUUCGGAGUUUACUGUCAAGCAAUUGCGCCUCAACCAAAAUAUACUGCGCUUCGUCAUGUCCUUGCUCAAGCGUGUAAGCGUCAGCAGCUUGCAAGCUUUCGAUUUUGGAAAGAAAGCGCACAGAUGUUCCUACUUCAAAGGCAGCUUCAAGAUCAACGAGAUCGGUUCGAGAAUCGAAUUCUCGAGAUGGCGAAGGAAUACCAGCUCCAAAUCCAACAGCUCCAUUGCCAACGAAGAAGAGAUCGAGCACUCUGCUGAGUGCCAAAACGCAAGUGGAAAUGCAGUAUAUGCGCAGUACAAUUGCUGCUUCGGCAGCGAGAGCGACUCGACCCAUAUCAGCGAGCCGGUCGCCUACUUCCACAACAUGUACUGCUUGGGCGCCUACGACAACGAUGGCGAAGAAGACGGGAUCGACUUGGAAGGCUACGAAGAAUACUUGGAGCAUUUGAAAAGCAAAUCGAGGGACUUGGAAGAAGCAGAUAUACACGACGAGUAUUAUAGAUUACUUGACUCCGAGGGCGAGCUGAAAGCUGCACUUUUUCAAGAACAACAAAAGCGUGUUAAAGCGGUGGCGCAUGCUCGCCGCCUGGAAGAGGUGGUAGCCAUGAAAGACAAGAAAAUCGAGUCUUUGUUGUAUGCCAAGGCUGUUGGUGCAGAUAGGUCCCUCAGCACAAAUAGAAGUUCCCUUCGUAGUGGUGUAAAGAGCACAAACCUCAUGGAAUUGGAGGAGGAGCGAGUUCAAUUGUAUCAGGAAUUGCGUCACCACCAAAUACUUUUGGAUCAACAGCGUUUUGAAAGGGAAGCUCACGAACAAAAGUUGGCUGCCUUUGCAGACGUGGAGGCAAGAAAUAAUCUACAAAUGGCCAAGCUUCAGCAAGAGAAUAGAAUGAUUACCUAUGAAAAGCGCAAACUAGAACAAGAGAUUGGAUUCUUAAAGUCUCAUGUGGAGCAGCUUCAGAGUAACCUUACUCUUGAGCAACGCAAGCGGACAUACGAUCGAGAAUUCAGUGAGAGUGUUGGAAAGCAUACAAUGUCACCUCCAACACAAAAGGUGAUGCUGGCUCAAGCACUCGACGAGAUGAAAAAGUUCGUGCGGAGAGAGACACUAGCUUCCAUCAAGCUCGAUUGCAGAUGCACAAUCAACACUGCCAACUGCAUUUUCUGCUCCGAAAUCCCGAAGUUUUUCAACGGUAACUCCUCGAGAUUUGCGACGACCGAUAGCAUCAACAGCUCCAAACACGGAGUCGGAGCCAAGCAAUGGAUCUUACAACUCUGA